UGCAGCACAUGAUGAGUCCUGUCAUAUCUAGACACCAUCCGCUUUCACCUUCUGUUUACUGAAACUGCUGUCCUUCUUUAACCAGAGAUAUGGAAGAAAGUGCGAUCAUGGCGUUUAUCCGCAAGUACCUAUGGUUAUGGGUGGUCGUUGGCAUGGUUUUCGUGUCUGUGGUGAUCAGCAUCAUCUUCAUGUUCAUCUGCAAGUGCAUAUCAAGAAAAAGAGGCCAACACAAAAUCCCCACUGUGAAAAACGAAUUCAACUUCAAAACUGAGAGCAACAAAUACCAGCAGAGAAACAUUGAAACGGGCACUCCACCUCUACCUCCGCGGACACAGUUUCUCAUGGCAGAAGCCCAAAGCUACGAGAACCUGGCUGAGGAGAGCCAGAGCAUCCACGACUACGAGGAUGGCAACUGUGAGCAGAAUGUAAGCAACCACGAGGAAAGCAUCCACGACUACGAGGAUGGCAACUGUGAGCAGAAUGUAAGCAACCACGAGGAAAGCAUCCACGACUACGAGGAUGGCAACUGUGAGCAGAAUGUAAGCAACCACGAGGAAAGCAUCCACGACUACGAGGAGAGCACAGAACUCCAGGCUGACUACGUCAAGAUGGAGGGAGACAUAAUGUUUCCUCCUCCUCCAAUCUUCAACAGCAUGAGCGGUAGUGUUUUGGAGGCCCAAAGCUACGAGAACCUGGCUGAGGAGUGCCAGAGCAUCCACGACUACGAGGAUGGCAACUGUGAGCAGAAUGUAAGCAACCACGAGGAAAGCAUCCACGACUACGAGGAGAGCACAGAACUCCAGGCUGACUACGUCAAGAUGGAGGGAGACAUAAUGUUUCCUCCUCCUCCAGUCGUCAACAGCAUGAGCGGUAGUGUUUUGGAGGCCCAAAGCUACGAGAACCUGGCUGAGGAGAACGACUAUGUGGAGAGCGUGGACAAUCAACCGGACUAUGUGAAGAUGGACAAGGAAGAUCAAGCAGGAGACAACACCUCCACGGAAGACUAUGAUGACAUCGGGGGUGAAGAAGACGAUGAGGAGGACUAUGAUGAUGUGGGAUAAAACCCAACACAACGAGAUGGAGACAGUUUUGAAUUCUGCUGAGCAGAGAUUAUCCUUACUGAAGAUUUCUCUUGUCUUUUUGUAUUUUUUUAAUAACAUUCAUUGAAAAAAAGAAAAUAAUUGAAGUACUGAAGACACUGAAAUCUGCCGAGUGGUGUCGAGACAACUGGUUUGAUCUUUAAGACGGUGAUUCUUUUUAAUAUAUCGAAAAAAUUCUGUUUUUCAUCUGAAUGUUGGAAUUGUUUGUUUUUUUACUGAAUACAUUAACAAGCAGUGACUUGCACAGGGUCCCAGAUUAGGAUGAUAUCUGGAUUUGCAAACUACACAUGAAAGCAAUCAAACUAUAUUUCUUUGUCUUCUUCUGACUUAAAUGUCAGAAGAAACUCUUUAGUUUUAAACAUGAAGCUUUUGCAUAUAUCAUGUGUAGAUCAUUCCCAUGGUUUUUGAGAAGGAACAGACUAUGUUGCUGGUGGCUUUCGUUAUGCUCAGUUUGGCGAGAUUUGGUACUUUUUUAAUGAGCUGAAUCAACUAGAUCAACAGUGUAAGUAAGGUUUUUGCUGUAUGAAACACAAAAAACUAUUGGAGCUUCAAAUUUGAUUCUAACUAAACAUAAGACAUGAAAUCUGAAAGUCUGUAACUGCAACAGCCUGAGAUGUUUUUCUUUCUUUAUGUGUUUGUUGAUUUAUUUAUACACAUGAACAUUGAUAUAAGAUUAAUAUGUAAUUUUUGGGGGGAUUUUUGCUUCUUUUCUAAACUAAAUAUCAGUGUAAAGGGGGUCUCCCCCUGUCCAGAUCCCAAACAUUAUCAGUGAGGCGUCUGACUAUCGAUCAUAUGGUGGGUUUGUUUACUUUUGUAUAUCAGUUGGUCCGUUUGAGUGGUUAAUAAGUGGGCAGUGAUGACAUGUUUGCAUGAUCAGAUCCCGGGCAGUGAGUGAGUGGGGCAGAGGGGCAGUGAUUACAGUGGUUGGUUAUAUGUAUGCACAGUAUCUAUACAGUCCUGUGAAAAACUAAGGAUUGAUUUGUGAUUCAGUAGCUUAUAGAUCCACCUUCAGCAGCAAUAACUCAGAGUAACUGUUUUGUGUAUGACUUUGUCAUGGUUGUGAAAAAACGUUGCUUCACGUCUUUUGUUUACGUACAGCUCUCUUGAGGAUGCGCCACAGCAUUUCAGUCGGGGUCAGGUCUGCACUUUAAUUCUUUUCUUUUAUUCACCAUGAUGUUGUAGAUUUACUGCUGUGUUUGGGAUCAUUGUUCUGCUGAGUCAGCGAAUUUGGGCCACGCUUUAACUGCUGGACAGAUGGCCUCACAUUUGACUCUAGAAUACUUUGGAAAAUACUUUGGCACACAGAGGAGUUCAUGGGAGACUGAAAGGUGUCCUGUGACUGUGAAACAAGCCCAAAUCAUCAUCCCUCCACCACCGUGCUUCACAGUUACUAUAGUGUGUUGGUUUUUGCCAGAUGUACUUUUGCACAAUGUCCUUACAUUUGCAAAGACAUUGUUCUUGAAACUUUGUAACCGUAAUCCAUGCCACCAUGUUUAAUUUAGACAGAAGAGACUUUCUUCUGGCAACUUUUUGAACAAACCAUACUUGUUCAGUCUUUUUCAAACUGUAGGCAAGGCAAGGCAAGUUUAUUUAUAUAGCACAAUUCA